GCUCACUAACAAUGAGUUCAAUAAGCAGAGUAAUUCCGUACGCGUUUGUUCUAGACUUUCAGGGCGGGGUUUUCGGGUCUAAGGUCGCGGUGAUGUCACUAGACCCGAAGUACGCAGACUUACCAUGGAUUGCUCACGGACAACCAGAUGUCUACGAGGCUGGGGAGCUCCCGGAAGCAGAUCAAAUGAUGAAGGAAACCGUCGAGGAUACAAUGUCGGCUAGAGAGAUAGAAGUUGUUAAACUAUCAGUAUCAGAAGCACAUAGACGGUUUGCUGGCUGUAAGGUUGAUUCUUCAAACGUUGACUUUUCCGACUCAAUAUCUGGGAAUGGUAAAAUUGGAUAUGCAAUAGAAAUGGAUCAGUAUGAUUUUUUUUCUCCUGAGUCAAAGGACAAAGAAUCACUUGUGAACAGAUUCCAACGUCUGCAGACUGAGACGCAUCAGUUAAUUAGUGACAUACAAUUUGUAUCAGACCAAAAUAAUCUAAACACAAAAGAACCUAUUUCUACUGCCCAACUACUGUCGUGCGCAGAAAUGUUAUCUGAGAAGUUAACAACGAUUAACCGUGACGAAUUGUCUACGAUAUGCGCGGACUCAUCUGAUACUGUCGGUCAAACGUUGCAUAGUAAAAUUUUGAGACAGAUUGACGAGUUCAAACCGGAAAAACCAGCUUCUAGAAGUCCAAAGAAGUCAAAUCAUCUAAUCUACGAAAUAUAUGACCGAAAGAGCUCUAUCCAGCAAUCAGAUGCUGAAAAAGUGGCGGAUAUCGAUCGUCGGAUUCAUCGUAUCGAAGCUCUUAUUGGCCAGCCAGAUCCUAACAAACUCACAGCUCUAACAGCAGAUACAACUACUCAUGGUCUUCUAGAAGCGUGUUCGCGUCUGUCCGCUCGUUCGUCGUUAUUUCAGCAGGGAUAUCUUGAUAUGAUCGAAGCUCGCUUAGCAUCAUUGCAGGGGAAGCUACAAGCUGUUACUGAAAAGCGAGAGGCUAUCGCGGACUAUGAUAUGCAAAAUAAAAUCGCAGAACUUUACGAACUGGUAAAGAAAUGGAAUGAUGUGGCCGAAAGUCUACCUGUGAUUGUAGAACGACUUAGCACCCUAAAAUCACUACAUGAAGAAGCAUCUCAAUUUAGCCAAUCUCUGUGUACAAUAGAAUCAAGUCAAAAAAAUGUGGAAGGCAGUUUAUCUUCAUAUACCAAACUUUUAGAAGAGGUAGCUUCAUCCUACAUUAGUUUCGCUUUAUUUCAGGUACAAAACAAUGUUAUCAAGAACAUGGAGGUUAUAAAGGACAACUUCACCACCAUAGAAUCACAUUUUCCAAUUAGUUCUAAAUAAAUAAUUUACUGAGUAUACUCGUUGUUGGAAACAUUCUUCUCUUCAUUCAGUCUUACUUUUGAAACAAUAUUCUUUAUGCAAUGGUUUAUUGACAAUAACUGGUUUGUGGUUUUUAAUUACAUUCAUUAUAAUUUGAAAUCCCAUUUUGUCUUCCAGUUCGUUUUGAGACCACUUGCUUAGUAAAAACGAUGUGGUUUAUCUGAAGUAGGUUACUCGAAACACGAAAACACUAAAUUCUGUCGUAUUCAGUAAUAAGACUUCCAGUCACCGUAGAAAAGUAUUGUUUUUUGAGAAUAAUCUGCUAGUUGACGUAAC